UCGAUCGUUUUCGCUUCGCUUAGGGGUUGCACUGUUUCAGAAUCGCGAAGAAGUCAAAGUUGAGUGACCAUCGCCACUGCAGAAAACGCGGAAAUAAUCUUGAGUGAAACUUCUUGUGAAUGAGUGCGCCCGCGAUCUUGUCGAGGGGGGUCACACCUCGCCGAAACGAAUCGAUCUUUUCUUGGGCAGGGGUUAGUGGUUUGGUUCUUUUGUUUCUGUGUUCCGCAAUCAGUCGAUCGAAGGUGAUGAUCGAGCAAAAUUCGAUUCAUAAAUCAUUGAAGAUAAUACUUGCAAGCGGAAGCUAAUUUCUGAGGUCUCUCUGUAAUACGUGUGAGAGUUCUAUCGAGGCGUUGAAGAUCGAUGGACGUGUUCUGAAAAGAGCAAGCACGUGGCUUCAAUCGUUUAGAAAAGAAUUUGUUCCGAUAAUCUCCUCUGGUAGUUGGAAGUCGAUUAGUGCGCGCUCCAAAGUGGGAUAAGGGCAGUUAGUGAUAUUUCGAAAAACAAGUGGGUAGCAGCAUUUGUCUAUCGAGUGCCUAUCGAUCGCUCGGAAAAGUGGGGUAGCAAAUUUCCCGAAUUGUUCUGCCCCGAUCGAGAUAUCUCUAAGUGAAUGAUCAUUAAUCGAGGGCAAUUGAGCGACAGGUUCCAUUCGAGCUAUGAUCGGUGCCAUUCCAUUGCUGGUUCGAAGUUACAGAGUCGCAGAAGUUUACCACUACUGGAGUUCGGAGUGAGAUCAGUUUGGUUCUGCUUCUCGAACCGGAAAGAUGAUGAAUGGGAUUGGUGUCAAAAUGAUAUGCAGUUACCGGGCCAAGCAUCGUCGUAGGUGGCAUUUGGGAGUUAUCAUAGCAGCGAUCGUUACGCUGGACUUGCUGCAAAUGACGCUGAUAGUGGCGGAUCCCUUACCGGAUCUCCCCGGAACGAUCAAAUCCGGAAGCCAAGUUGUGACAAAUGUGACAGUGAAUAAUAGUUCUGCCGUUGGUGAUGAGGUGACGAUCAUGACAACAAUGUCACCCGUCAAAUCCAACAGCUCUAAAUUAUCUAUUAAGGAAGAUUCCAACAGCCAUCGUAAAAGUAAUAAGGGGGAUAACGAGGGCACUGGUACUGUGGUGGUGCAGAUGAAGCAUUUCGGGAUGAAGAAUUACAGCUUCCUGGAGCCGGCUCAUAGUGCCAUAAGAGAUUUUCGGGAUCUGGAUGAGAAUGUGGAUCUGGAGCUGCUGUUCCGGGAGGAAGUGCUGGGGCCCGAUGGUUAUGGAGAUGCAAGUGGAGGCCUCUUUGGGAAUAUCGUGCUCCAAAUCGAGGACUACGACGACGAGGGAAAUCCUGCUAGCUACUUUUUGCACUCAACACCACACUCCGAAAAUAACGUUCUCGGAGAUUCCGAAGAAGGCAAUGACGACGACGACAGCACCGGCACCACUUCACUUCGACCGCCACGAGCUGAUGGGCUUACAUCCCGAGUUUCAGGUUUCUUCCGGGACGUCCUUGAGCGACUCGGCGUCUACAAGUACAUCGUGAGUACGCAAAAUCGGUACCGUGCUCAGUUGUCCUCAGACCACCACAACUAUCCGCAUCGGUUUCAGCCAAAUUUCGUCAAAACUCCCAAUGGAUUGAGGAACCUACCAGAUGAUGGCGGGUACGGACCAACGACAUCGAAGCGGCCUUACGGGAUAUCUACGACCGGGCCAUCGCAUUCGUCCUCUUCGAUCGCCAGCCUGUUUCAGCAGUUUAAGGCCCGCAUCAAGGCGAUAUAUCCGGGGACGGUUUGGUGCGGUGAUGGGAACCAUGCCAAGAGCGAGAACGACAUCGGGUUCUUCUAUCAGACCGAUAACUGUUGCCGGGCCCACGAUUUGUGUCCGAUGUCGAUCGACGCCGGCGGACGGUACGAUCGGCUGAAAAAUAAUGGAUAUUUUACCAGAUCUCACUGCGACUGUGAUAAGGCGUUCUUCAACUGUCUCAAGAACGCGGACUCGCUGGUUUCGAACCAGAUCGGGUACACCUACUUCAACCUGCUGAAGCCACAAUGUUUCCGCCACGAGCACCCGAAAGUUGGCUGUUCCAAAAAAAUCAGGGGAAAAUGUCUCACAUAUCUGGUGGACGAAACGAAGGAAAAACUGUGGCAGUGGUUCGAUAAUCUAACAUAUUGAUUGAUAAUUGUUACCGAAGAGCAGAAUUAUGACAUUUCAGUAUUGUGAGACUUAAAAUUGACAGAAACCUUUUUUAAAGCCUUAUCAAAUAUUUAUUGUAAAAACUAAUUUUAUGAAGUUAAAACUCAUCAAGCCGUGAAAAACCGAAAAUACAAAAGUUGGUCAUCCAACUGAUUAUACGAUCGCCUCUAAGUGGAAAUUGUUGCCAAAUAAAAAUAAAAACGAGAGUAACUUAACAGAACAUUCGCCAAGCGAAUGUUAUGCCUGCGCAUGUGAUAUUGGUACUUACCAAACUAUG